AUGGCAGCAAAAUCAUCGGUUCUCCUCCGCGGUGGGACCGUGCUCACUCACUCUGCCGACGACCAUGUCAUUCCACUCUACGAUACUGAUGUGCUGGUCCGUGACAACGUCAUCGCGGAGGUGCGCAAAAACAUCGCUCCCUUGUCCGAACAGACAGAAAUUAUCGACUGUCAAGGCAAGAUUGUGUCUCCUGGCUUCGUCGACACGCACCAUCAUCUCUGGCAGACCCAGUUGAAGGGUAGACAUGCGGAACAAGGGUUACUUUCGUACAUGGUGUCUGGAAACAUGAUGUCUUAUGCCUACACUUCCGAAGACGCCUACUGGGGCCAAUUAUCCGGUUGUCUCGAGGCUCUCAAUGCGGGAACGACGCUCGUCCUUGACCAUGCGCACCUUGCCUACACUCCUGAACAUGCAAAUUCUGCUUUAUCAGCCACUAUCGACUCGGGCAUACGGUCCAUCUUCGCUUAUACGGUCCCUUUUCGACUGUCUCAUUGGGAUCAGUCUAGUUGUACGCCAAGCCAUGAUCUCCUCCCUGACUGGGCAAUGAAGCAGCUUGAAGACUGGGUCGAAAAAUACAAUCGUCCAGCCUCGACAUCUGCUCCUGAGGCGCCAGGGAUCGUUGAAGUAGGUAUGGGCUUUGAUUUGUGGUUCUUGCCCAAGGAAAUGGUGUUGGACAUGUUUGAACGACUGAGAAAGAAAGGCCUCAGAGUUCUUACCACACAUACGGGGAGAAAUGUUCUUAUGGGCCUUCAGUCCAUCAUUCCAAUGUUCUCAUCUUACAAUCUCCUUCGACCCCCCUACCCACCCUCUGACAAUAAGCCGACACUCCCAUUCCUCCUCCUUUCGCACUGCAACGGAAUUCCGGAUACAGAUCUUUCUCUUCUCACUUCGACCGGGACCCCGGUUUCUAGCACACCGGAUACGGAAUCCCAAAUGAUGGGGUUUCCAUUGGCUCUUCAUCCAGCCUUCCAAACCACUCGCUCCGCAAAUGCUUCCCUGGGAAUAGACUGCCACAGCAACAACCCCUCAAGCAUCCCUCUUCAAGCCCGGGCGUUGCUUUACCUCACCCGCGCCGAAACUAAUUCCCACAUCACCGCGGAUGAUAAGUUUCCAUCACGCAAUGUCACCGGCACAUCUGAAACGGCAUUCAAUCUUGCAACCAUCCGCGGCGCCAGAUGCUUGGGUCUCGAUAGCGAAGUUGGAAGUAUCGCCAAAGGCAAGCGGGCCGAUCUCGUUGUUUUCGACGCGCAAAACAGUGUUGGUAUGCUUGGAGCUGCAGAAUAUGACCCGGUUGUUGCGGUAGUGAGAUUCAGUGAGACUGCGGAUAUCGAAACUGUCAUCGUCAAUGGCGUUGUCAGGAAGAGAGAUGGAAAAUUGGUCGAUGUAAGUGUCAGCGCCGAUGGUGUGAGUGGGAAACGUGUAGGGGGCACAACUACAAUUACUCCCUGGUCACGGAUCGCAGAGCAAGUGAGAAAGACGCAAAGGGAGAUCCAGGUCAGGAUUGACAAGUUAAAUCUGGAGUUGGGGAGGGAGACUCUUUUGGAUGCCUGGCAUGUGGAUCAGACUAAGCUUGUCGAUGUAUGA